AUGUUGAAUUUCUCAUCAUCAUCAGCUCAAGAGAGACCUUUGUGGAUGAAUAAUUAUUUCGAUAAUCAUCGGAACAACGAUAUCGCGGCGGCUCUUUGGGCGGAUCAGACAGAUCGGAGGAUGGGGCUGAGGGUGGUGGAGUCGUGGGUGAUGGUGGAGGGAUUGAGUAAGACGUGGGUAGACGAGGACGGAGGAGGAGGAGGAGGAGGAAGCAUAGGUGAUACGGACAUGGAGAAGAUGAAGAAUUUGGAAAUUGACACGUGUCCGGGACUGAUAUCGGACGGUCUGGAUCGGGUCCAGUGGGUGAAUCUAGCUUACCGGAGGAUGGUGGAUCCGCUGCACGGCGGAGGGGGGCCGCCGGCGGAAGUGGUGGCGCGGCUGGUGGUGAAGGAUAAAAUACGUACAUCUUUGCCAGCGGCUUUUGCAUGCACGGUUCGGGUGAUUUACACACGGCAGACUGGGAAACACACACAGACAAUGCCGUGUGAUGUAUGGAAGAUGGAGUUUGGUGGGUUUGCAUGGAGGUUUGAUGCCGAAGCUGCUCUUUGUUUGGGUCGUUGA